AUUACUCCACGGAGACCGCUACCUGCUUUUUCACUGAAAAUAUCAGGAUUUUGCUGGACCGACGGGGGGUUGUUGGUGCUGUUUUCCUGGAUCUUAAGAAGGCUUUUGAUACUGUUAAUCACAAAAUCUGUAAAAAUUAUGCUAUUUUAACUUUUCUUCUGAUGCACUGCAAUGGAUUGACUCUUACCUCACUGACCGCUCCCAACUUGUCAAAGCCCAGUCAUUUAAAUCUGCAGCUCUCAGUCUGCCAACUGGUAUUCCCCAAGGAUCAAUUUUGGGACCUUUGCUAUUUUCCCUGUACAUUAAUGACCUUCCAUCUAGUUGUCCUGAUGUUUCUGUGCAGAUGUAUGCUGAUGGCACUGUAGUCUAUGUUCAUGGCAGUAAUUCCUCUCAGGUGGCUGAGAAGCUCACCAAUGCCAUGGUUAAUAUCACAGCUUGGUUGAAGUACUCUUGUUUGCAGUUAAACACUUCUAGAACAGUUGCAAUGUUUUUCACCAAGUCCAAUAAUAAUCUCACUGCUGAACCAGAUGUUUUUGUUUCAGGAGAAAGGCUACAGAUUGUGUCAGAAUACAAAUAUCUUGGUGUCAUAAUGGACUCAAAGCUGUCUUUCAAAUCACACAUCAAAAGGGUCUGCAAUAGAAUCAAAUUAAACCUCAGUACUUUUAGACACAUUCGCCAUCAGAUCUCCACACAGACAGCAAAAACGUACAUGCACUCUAUGAUUUUCUCUCAUAUCAUACGUAGCCCUAAUUAUAAAGCUUGCCCUGGUCGCCUUCAUCUCCCACAGGUCUUUCCAGGAGAACUUCCUCUUCUCUCCUUCCCAUCCCAUCCACUGACCUUGCUUUGCCUGGGCCACGGCUUGAGCACACCUUGCUGGUUCCUCUUCCUGGCGUUUCUCUUGGACCACCAGUCUACGCCUCUCAGCUGGGUUUGCCUUCCUCCAGGAAGGUGCGCUAGAUGAGAGACCAAGACCACUGCUCCUCCUGCUUGGGCAACCAGUGAGUCACAGAUCUCCCCCAGCAUUAUGUGACUGAAGACGAUUUUUACAACCAACAGAGACAUUUCAGAGUGCAACAGGAGGAACCAGAACCUCCACAGAUCAAAGAGGAACAGGAAGAAAUAGAACUUCCACAGUUCAUAGCGGAACAAGAGGAACCAGAACCUCCACAGAUCAAAGAGGAACAGGAGGAACCAGAACCUCCACAGAUCAAAGAGCAACAGGAGGAAAUAGAACUUCCACAGUUCAUAGAGGAUCAAGAGGAACCAGAACCUCCACAGAUCAAAGAGGAACAGGAGGAACCAGAAUCUAUACAAAAUGAAGAGAAAUGGGGGGAACCAGAACCCUCACAGAUUAAAGAGGCCAACGAAGAGCUCUGCAUCAGUCAGGAGAAACAGCAGCUUGAUUUAAAGCAGGAGACUGAUACCUUGAUGGAGACUCCUACUUAUGAGGAAAAUGAGAGCAGUGAAGCAGAUUUAAACGAUCAGCAGAGCUUUAAUGAAACUGAUAGUCAGGAUGAAGAAGGAAACCAACAUGAAGAAUCGACAACAACUACAGAUGAAGAGACAGACCCAGAGAACAGAGAUCAGACGAUCCCAAGUUUUGGUUACUUGUCUCGAUUUAGACUUCAUAAGAGAAUCCAUAAAAAAGGGAAGCAUUUUGCUUGUAAAGAAUGCACUAAAAGUUUUAGUAAUAUAACCUAUCUCAAAUCACAUAUGCGAACCCAUACAGGAGAAAAGCCUUUUUCUUGUAAAGAAUGUGAUCAAAGUUUUAGACAAAUAGCCCAUCUCAAUUCACACAUGAGAACUCACACAGGAGAUAAGCCUUUUUCUUGUAAAGAAUGUGACAAAAGCUUUAGUCAGAUGCAUAGUCUCAAAAGACACAUGAGAACUCACACAGAAGAUAAGCCUUUUUCUUGUCAAAGAUGUGACAAAAGCUUUAGUCAGAAUAAUACUCUUAAAGCACACAUGAGAACUCAUACUGGAGAAAAACCUUUUUCUUGUAAUGCAUGUGAUAGAAGUUUUUCUCAUGUAUCUAAUCUCAAUAUUCACAUGAGAACUCAUACAGGAGAAAAGCCUUUUUCUUGUAAAGAAUGUGAUAGAGGUUUUACUAAUGUAUCUAGUCUCAAAAUUCACAUGAGAAUUCAUACAGGAGAAAAGCCUUUUUCUUGUAAAGAAUGUGAUAGAAGUUUUAGUCAUAAAUAUGCUUUAAAAAGACACAUGAGAACUCACACAGGAGAGAAGCCUUUUACUUGUAAGGAAUGUGAUGCAAGUUUUAGUCACAGAUCUAGUCUUAAAACACACAUGAGAAUCCAUACAGGAGAAAAGCCUUUCUCUUGUAACAAAUGUGACAAAAGUUUCAGUGAUGUAUCUAAUUUCAAAAAACACAUGAAAACUCACACAGGAGAUAAAACCUUUUCCGUGUAAAGGAUUUUAUUUAAGGUCUUUACUUAGGUAAGACAAGGAAACCCAGCAGCAAAAGACAUUAGGGCUUGACAUAAAAAGAGGGGAAUAUGAUGAAAAAGUAACACUUUUCUUUGAUCAAUAAAAAAUGGGAAUUUAAAACAGAACUUACACAGAUUGAGAUUUUGUUUUAUUUUUUAUUGUAUGUUGGAAACAACUCAAAGUUCAUGAAAUUAAUUAUUAUGGCCAGCAGCAGUCACAGACUGCAAGGACCAUAUUGUAACUUCUACGAGGAUCGAACCUCAAAAAGGUUCAUAGCCAUUGUUUAAGAGCUGUUUGGAAGGUAGGGUAGUUUUCCCAGUUCCUAAUGUGCUGUGGCUGCGUAUUCCAUAACUCUGAGCCUCUGAUUGACGACACAGUUUGGCUGAAUUUAGUCCUGCGCCUUUGAACAUUACAGUCCCGUCGAGUUAAAGCCCUGGUGCCUAUUCCAACAUUUGUUUUUUUACUUAUAAAAUCUAACAAGGGGGGAGGGGCCAGCCCAUUAAAAACUUUAAAAAUGAGACAGGCAUCCAUGUACAUUUUAUAACUUUCAAAGUCCAUCAUGCCAUACUUGGUUAGAAUGUCACAGUAAUGAUAACGCAGAGGCUUUUUGUCUAAAACCUUCAGGGUUCUCUUAAACAGAGACUUCAGGGGUUUCAAAGUGCUUUCGUUUGUCUGGGACCAUGUAGUAAGACAAUAAGUUAUAUGACUAAAAAUCAAUGAAUGCAUGUAAACCUUUGCAGCCUCAGUAGUUAGAGAAGACCUUAUUUGUUUAAAAUUUGACAGAUUGAAUUUAACAAUAUAGGAUAUUUUCUUUACAUGAUCUUUAAAAGUUAAGUUUGAAUCAAAGAUUACGCCAAGAUACUUAAAUUGUUCUACAACUUCCAAUCGCUCCCCAUUGACCACUACAGAUGGUUGUUCUUCCCUCGUUGGCUGACGUGAAAAAAACAUACAUACAGUCUUUUUAGUAUUGAGAUGUAAGCAUGACCUUUGGAGCCACUGAAAGAUUGGAACCAUGGCUCCAGACAGAACUGCAGCUGCUUCAGCUUUUGUUUUGGAAUGAGCAUAUAGAACUGUAUCGUCUGCAUAUAAUUGUAUUUUUGUUUUUUUGCAGACAUCUGGCAGGUUGUUCACAUACAAGCUGAAUAAAAGUGGCUCCAAUACUGAGCCUUGAGGAACUCCAUCUGAACAACUAAGAAACGAUGACUGUGAAUUUUCAAUUUGUACAGCUUGUUUUCUGUCAUGGAGAUAUGAUUUCAUCCAGCAGAGGGCACUGUUCGAGAAAUUAAAAUAUGAUAACUUUGCAAGGAGAACAUCAUGAUUAAUAGUAUCAAAAGCACGUUUCAGAUCAAGGAAUACAGCACCCACAAAGCCUCCCUUGUCAAGCAGCUGUUUCACAUUUUCAAGGAAAUAACAACUGGCUGUAUCAGUGGAGUGAUAUUUUCUGAAGCCAAACUGCAUUGGAUGGAGAGAGGUUUGACUGUUGUUGAGAUGUAGAGUUAGUUGUGUUGUGACCCAUUUUUCUAAGAUUUUUGAAAUAAUUGGUAGAAUGCUUAUUGGACGGUAGUUCUCAGGUUUUGUUUUGUCCCCAGACUUAAAAACAGGUAUAACCCUAGCAAUUUUCCAUGUUGUUGGCACUAUGCUGUGGUUAAUGGACAGAUUAAUCAGAUGUACAAUUGGGUGUGCGAGAACAUCUUUAUGUUGUUUAAUAAAAUGACUAGAGAAACCAUAUGCAUCUCUAGCUUUGGAGCUUUUGAGGGAUGAGAUUAUUUUUAGAACAUCAGGAGCAGAUAUUUCCUUAAUAUGAAAUAUUGGCUUACUAUUGUCUACAGAUUUCCAUGGGAUAUCUGGACAUUUUAGUUGCCGCUUUAAAUCUUCAAUUGAACUAAUAAAAAAGUUAUUAAAACUGUUGACAAUAAUAUCCAAAUUGUCCGUUAAUGCACCAUUUAUCUUAAGCUGGAGCUCUCUGGUGUUAUGCUCUUUUUUUCGUCCUAAUAGCUUAUUUAGGUGCUUCCAUACAAUCUUUCCAUUUCCAUGUGCUUCAAUAAUUGAAUUAAUGAAAAAGUUUGCCCUUGCUUUACGCAUGUGGUAAAUAACCUUGUUUCUAAGAGAUGUAAAUAUCUGACGGUCACUUGUAGUUUUGGUUUUUAGGGAUUUUAUCAAUGCACUGUCUCUCUCUCUCAUUAAUUUUCUAAUAUCAUUAUUAAUCCAUGGUAGGUUUUCUUUAAAUUGUUUGGUUACUCCUUUCUUUGAGAAAUGAGCCAGUGUGUCAUUGAUCAUUCGUAUAAGGAGAUUAGAGCUUUCUUCGAUGUUAUUGUUUUCAACUACAUUUGUCCAAUUGAGAUGUUCAAGAUCAUUUUUUAAAUGCUGUUGCCUAUUUUUAGGAAUAAAAGUGUAAGGUAUCCCUCUGACUGAUCGACUCACAUGUCCCUAGCGUAAGUCUAUAAUCACAUCAUCGACCUCGAAGGUUGGCGGUGAGGGCCACGGUGGUGAGUUGAUUUGGCUGUGGAAGGCGGGUUGCGUCUGCAGGCUGUACAUGGCCGCUUGCGGCUUUAGUUUUACACGUACUUGUAAAUAGAGAAAUGUUUUGAAUCUAAAUUCUAUGUAUACACUGGCCUUAGUAACUGGUCAUUGUGUCUGGUUUGUACGUAGAGCCUGAAAACGGGCUUAAAAAUCUACGUAGUGACACAUGGAUGUACAGGCUUUUACAUACACUUUUCAUUGAAAGUGUAAUUUCAAGAGACUACAAAGACACCAUGUACUAUUUUGAAAUAGAGCUGCAAAAUAAAAAGUCUGGAACAAGAUUUGUUUUUUUUUUACAUUUCUCACCAAGCCUCUUCCAACUGCAGGUACAUGCGCAAGGAUCGGAUACCAAUAGUAAAGUGUGAACUCCAUGUGCUAAAAGUGGGUCCAAGAAUAAUCGUUUAGCGUGUUCUUGAACGUGCCACAAUUGCUUGCUGUGUGUGUAGCAUAAAAGUUAAAUCUUCAUGUUUUGAAUGGCUUUUACUGUUCAAAGUUACCGUUUUUUAUUUAUUGUAUUGGCAUUGUUGAUUUGAUUUUUAAAGAAAUAUAGCUAAACAACAAUCAUAAAGCAAUGUUCAGUUUUUGCUGAUUUUUAUUAGAAUAUUUCUUUGUGCCAUGAUUAUUUGGUUUAUAGUUGCUUAGUUGACCGUUGUGGUUGUAGUUUACGCUGAGAUAGUGUGUAAGUUGUUUAAGUCUGUGUGUUACCAUGACAACUGUAGAAAUAUUUGUAUAAAACCUCUAAUUCUAAGACUUUUAUGAGAUCAGUGAACAUUUAAUUUUAUUGUUUUAAACAAAAAGUGACUGCAGUGCAUACUUUGUUGAGUCAUGUGAGCAAAUAGCCUUUUUGUGAAGAAAAGAAAUGUGUAAAAAUGUUGUAAUAAGGAGUCUGAUAAAGAACCAGACUGGUUUUUGAUGUUCUGUCCCAAUCUUUACAGUGAAGAAUAAAGUAGACCUGAACAUCA